UCGUAUAUGUGAUUGGGAAUGCACUAACAAUGACACCAUUGCUUUCAAGCAUAAUUUGCCCGAACGCGCCAUGUUCCCUGCCGCCUACACAUACGGCAAGCAUUUCCAUAAUCAUUUGCCUACAGUAUUCGACAGCGACUGCGAUACAGCUCUAGUGUACGAGGAAGGAGUCAAACAUAUUUCCUUGUCCAUUCUAUCGAGCAUAUUUGCAUACGGGCAAACAAGCAGUGGAAAAACAUAUACAAUGAGGGGUAUCACCAAAUAUGCAGUAUCGGAUAUAUAUGACUACAUCGAGAAUAAUGAAGAAAGCGAAUUUUUGGUGAAAUUUUGUGCCAUGGAAAUAUACAAUGAAGCCGUGAGAGAUCUCCUUAGCCCUGAUAGUUACUCACUAAGAGUUCUAGAUGAUCCAGAGAGGGGAACGGUUGUGGAGAAACUUACUGAGGUGACUCUAAGAAACAAGGAACAUCUUCACGAGCUCCUUUCAAUAUGUGAAGCUCAAAGGCAAAUAGGAGAGACAUCUUUGAAUGAAACCAGCUCGAGAUCAUAUCAGAUUUUGCGGCUGACAAUUGAAAGCUGUGCUCGUGAAUAUGCUGGAGCUGGAAAUUCAAGCAUCCUUGAAUCUUCCGUUAAUUUUAUUGAUCUAGUAGGAAGUGAGCGAGCUUCUCAGACCUUAACUGCUGGUGCAAGAUUGAAAGAAGGCUGCCAUAUAAACCGGAGUUUACUAACUCUUGGGAUCGUGAUUCGCAAAUUAAGCAAGGGAAGAACCGGUCACAUACCUUAUAGAGACUCUAAGUUGACACACAUACUCCAGAAUGCUUUAGGAGGAAAUGCCAGAACAGCCAUCAUUUGUACUAUGAGUCCUGAACGUGUUCAUGUUGAGCAAUCAAGAAACACACUCUUGUUUGCGAACUGUGCCAAGCAGGUAAGAACUAGUGCGCAGGUGAAUUUAGUCAUGUCAGAUAAGGCAUUGGUAAAACAACUGAAAAGAGAAUUGGCUAGACUGGAGAAAGAAAUGAAGAACUUGGGAUCAUCUUCGGUUAAAGGUGAUACUGCUGAUGUGCUGAGAGAGAAAGAGCAACUUAUUGGACAGAUGGCCAAAGAGAUAGAAGUAUUGACUUGGCAACAUGAUCUGGCUCAGUCGCGAGUUGAGAAUUUGAUACUGUCAGUUAAAGAAGUUCAAAUGUUAAAGCAAUCAUCAAAUUCAUCAGAAGGGCCCAAGGUUCCCUAUAUGGUUGAUUCCAACAAACAUAAGGAUACAGUUGCAUCUAGUGUGCCUAGCAACAACAACGGAUAUCCUGGGCUUGCAGAGGAUCCUGAAGAGGAUUUUCUACUCGAUGGCUUGACCCCGAAGUUUAUUGGACCUGAUCCAAGCAACGGUUGGGAGUUUUCUGAACAAAUGGGUCAAGAAUUUAAAGAUAGCAGCAAGGAAGUUCAAUGCGUUGAAAUUGAAGACUCAAAUAACACAAUAAAUGAACGAGCUGGCGAAGGUGAUGUCUUCGAGAAAAAACAAGGAAAAUUAGACAUGAUUACUACCACGAAUGAUAGUGCCGUAUCAUCACAAGAAAAGGAAGAUUUGCAGCCAAGUCCUGUUUAUAGUGAUCAAACUUACAAGGAUUUGAAACAAAAAAUUCAGGAACUGCAAAGGACAGUCAAGUUUCUUGUCAAUACACAACAUCUAGAUCAGUCACCUAGCUUCUCAGAUACAAGUAGCUCUAUUAGGAGCUUGAGCAGAAGUAAAAGCUGCAGGGCGGUUAUCAGAACAGCGCCAUCUUCACCUUCCUUUGAGAAGGCAGCACAUAAAAAAAGCAUACCCCCUUCCAGUGGGGUUGAAAAUGACUUUUUCCAAAUGCUUUCGGAAGUUAAAUAUGACAACAGAAUCGAAAAUAUAUCCAGAAGACAUUCUCGAGCUUCUUCUGUUAGUAGCAGCUCCGUGGAUACAUUAAGUCUUAAAGAUCUAGAUGUGGAAGACACUUUGAGUGCAACUAAUGGAAGUCAAUUAGCGAGGAUCCAUUGGGAAGAAUUUCCAACUCUACUGAUUUACUUUUAUAGUUUCAUAUUCUGUCCGAAUGAGUGCACAACCUUAAUGAGCUUUCACGCUAAUAAUAAUUGGCAACUAACAUACUUCCUUUUCCAUGGAUGGUUUAUCGAUGAGAUAAUAAAGACCGACUCAGAGUUUGAGGAGAAGCAGAGAAAGAUAGUUGAACUUUGGGAUGCAUGCCGUGUAUCAUUAAUCCAUAGAAGCUAUUUCAUCCAGCUUUUCAAAGGCGAUCCUUCCGAUUGUUUGUAUUUGGAGAUAGAGCUCAGACGAUUGACGCUUCUAAAGAACACGUUGUCAGAUAUAGCUUCCAGUGAGAAGGAACUGACUCGAGAGAGGUUGACGUUGAGCAAGCAAAUACGGUAUAAAUGGUUAAGAAAGCAGAGAGAGGAAGUCUAUAAGAAGUGGGGAAUUGAUUUGAACACAAAGCAGAGGAGCGUGCAGUUGACACACCUUGUCUGGAAGGACCCCAAGGACAUUGUCCAUGUGAAGAAGAGUGCUGCUCUUGUUGCGGAGGUGCUAGGAUUUGUGGAACCAAGUCGAGCCCCCAAUGAGGGGGUUGCAUUCUGCAUGUUGCCCCGAUUUUUAUCCCGAAGUUCUCACAGCUGGAGAGACAGCCUUCCUUCCCUCUUUUAG